AUGGGCGGAGAAACCGGAUUUACGAACGAUGGAGAAAGCCGUAAAGUGAUUCGAACGUUGGGUUACAAUGAACAGUACGAACUUGCGCAAUACACCCUCGGUUUCCACCGCGGCGUCUCCACAGUCUGUCGCUACGCAGUUCCUCCGAACAUCACUAUUGUCAAAGAUGUAGUUUACAGAGCGCUUGCACGCGUUGUAUCCGAUUCACCUAUGCUCCACACCGCCAUCAAGGACGCAGAAUCGAAGAGGCCCGUCUGGGUGCAGAUUGCCGGUGUGGAUCUGGGACAACAUGUUGAAUGGAUCGAGAUCGAUUCAUCGGUACAAAAAGAAGCAGUUGUACAAGAAAAGAUACGAUCGGAGCUGGAUUCCAAGUUCGUGGAGCUGAGCGACCGGCCAGGCUGGAGAGUGGUGGUAUUACAGCACGCUGACGAUAAGCUGCUCGAUGUUGUGUUCACGUGGAAUCAUGCACAUACUGAUGGUAUGGGGGGUAAGAUCUUCCAUGACAAGCUACUACAGUACUUGGACACGGAAACACGAAGCGAUGCAGCUAUUCACAUGAAUGCCGAUGUCAAGCUGGACUUCACGAAUACACAAGAGCGGUUCCCUCCGGCCACCGAGUUGUUCGUUGAUUUGUCAAUGUCGCCCGGAUUCCUUCUGCAACAGGCAUGGAACGAGGCUAAGCCAAUCUCAUUGUUUCCAAACCCGAGUGCCGCGAGAUGGGCACCCAUCCGGCGGGAUUCAUACAGAACGAAGUUCAGAACCUGCAUCGUCGACAACGCUACACUUUCUCAGGUUUUAGAAGCUUGUCGUGGCCACAAAACAACGCUCACAGCCCUAACCCAUGGCCUGGUCCUGCUCUCGUUAGCAUCUCAGCUUGAUGAAGAUGCCGCACGAGCGUUCGCUAGUCUCACGGCCAUAGACCAGCGGCGAUUUCUGCCUUCGCAUCCUCCAAAGUAUCCUUGGCUGGACCCAAACACCACCAUGGCGAACUACGUGAGCAACACAUCUCAUGAAUUUGAUGGGGCCUUUGUAGAGCAGAUACGGUCCUGUCUUGGUGGCCAACUUCCCGCUAAUCGCCUAUCGACUGAUCAAUCUAACCUCGUCUGGUCUGCCGCGUCUAAGGUCCGGGAAGACAUACAUAAGCGCCUGAGCAAAGGUCUCAAAGAUGACCGACUUGCUCUCAUGAAGUUCGUGACAAAUGCGAGAGCGCUGUUCGAGAAGGAAGCGCGAAAGCCACGGGCGCUUUCGUGGGCGAUAUCAAAUCUCGGCGUGAUGGAUGGUACAGCCAAGGGUGAGGCCAGCCCCGUCAGUGAAGAAGGUGUUUGGAGCAUUCAAAGAGCACAAUUCACCUUGAGUGCGCAUGUACCUGAUGCCGCGCUGUUGAUCGCUGCAGUGUCACUCAGAGGAGGAGAAUUGGUUAUCACCUGCACCUGGCAAGACACAGUGGUCAAAGAUGCCCUGGCGGAUCGUCUCGUGGGGGAUCUGAAGAGAUGGUUGUCACAUAUUGGAAAUCCUGUCUCGGAAGUAUGA